AUGGCAUUUGGAAAAAAAGAUUCAGAAACGCAACAAAUUGAAAAAGGCAAGCACACAAAACAGUUUGUGGUGAGCGAGUUCUUUGCUUGGCCUCCUGUGUUUGGACCUUCAGUGGUAAUCAUUCAACCAGAGUGGGAAAUAGAGGGAAAUGAAUACCUCUUGGGAAGAAGGCCCCUGUCCUUCUACCCAGAGGUAGCUGCUGAAAAGCUGGAUACCCUUAAGAGUCCCACUCCCAACAUGAAGCAGCAUGCUCAGCCAUGCGGGGGCCGCUUGAAUUCCAAAGAUGCUGGCUACAUCACUUCACCCGGCUAUCCACAAGACUACCCUUCCCAUCAGAACUGUGAGUGGAUCAUUUACGCCCCAGAACCCAACCAGAAGAUCACUCUCAACUUCAACCCUCACUUUGAAAUCGAGAAACAUGAUUGCAAGUAUGAUUUUAUUGAAAUACGGGACGGGGAUAAUGAAAAUGCAGAUCUUCUGGGAAAGCACUGUGGAAACAUUGCUCCACCUACUAUCACUUCAUCCGGCCCUUCUCUGUAUAUCAAAUUCACCUCAGACUAUGCGCGUCAAGGUGCUGGCUUCUCUCUGCGUUAUGAGAUCUACAAGACUGGUUCUGAAGAUUGUUCUAGAAACUUCACCAGUUCAAAUGGCACCAUUGAAUCCCCAGGCUUCCCUGAUAAGUAUCCACACAAUUUGGACUGUGCCUUCACCAUCAUGGCCAAGCCGAAAAUGGAGAUUGUCCUUCAGUUUUUAACAUUUGACCUAGAGCAUGACCCUCUGCAAGUUGGGGAGGGAGAUUGUAAAUACGAUUGGCUGGACAUCUGGGAUGGUAUUCCUCAAGUUGGGCCCUUGAUUGGCAGGUACUGUGGCACUAAAACUCUUUCAGAGAUCCGCUCAACUACGGGCAUCUUAUCCCUCACAUUCCACACAGAUUUGGCUGUGGCUAAAGAUGGGUUUUCUGCUCGCUAUUAUUUGGUCCAGCAGGAGGCGCCAGAGAACUUCCAGUGCAACAGUCCAUUGGGAAUGGAAUCUGGCCGGAUCUCCAAUGAGCAAAUCACAGCUUCGUCUACAUACUCUGAUGGCAGGUGGACUCCGCAACAGAGCCGACUCAAUAGUGAUGAUAAUGGGUGGACUCCUAAUGUGGAUAGCAACAAAGAGUUCCUGCAGGUGGAUCUUCGCUUUCUGACAGUGCUGACAGCCAUUGCUACUCAGGGCGCCAUUUCCAGAGAAACACAAAAUGGAUACUAUGUUCGCUCAUACAAACUGGAGGUCAGCACAAAUGGAGAAGACUGGAUGAUGUACCGGCAUGGCAAAAAUCACAAAGUAUUUCAGGCAAACACCGAUGCUUCUGAAGUGGUUCUCAACAAAAUCCAUGCUCCAGUGCUGACUCGGUUUGUGCGGAUCCGUCCCCAGGUUUGGCAUAGUGGGAUCGCCCUUCGACUGGAGCUAUAUGGCUGCCGAAUUACAGAUUCACCCUGUUCCAGUAUGUUGGGGAUGCUUUCAGGACUUAUCCCAGACUCUCAGAUCUCAGCUUCUUCUACCAGAGAGUAUCACUGGGUUCCUAGUGUGGCACGCCUAGUCAGCAGCCGCUCAGGAUGGUUCCCCCGCAUCCCUCAAGCCCAGCCUGGUGAGGAGUGGCUGCAGGCAGACCUGGGCCUCCCUAAGAACGUGAAAGGAGUGAUUAUCCAAGGGGCCCGAGGUGGGGACAGCAUCAAUGUGGCAGAGGCGCGAGCUUUUGUGAAGAAGUUUAAAGUGGCCUACAGCAUGGAUGGGAAAGACUGGCAUUCAAUUCAAGAUCCCCGGACCAUGCAGCCAAAGAUAUUUGAAGGGAAUAUGCACUACGACACCCCUGAAGUUAGAAGGUUUGAUCCUGUUCCUGCACAGUUCAUCAGAGUUUACCCAGAAAGAUGGUCUCCAGCAGGGAUCGGGAUGCGAUUAGAAGUCCUUGGGUGUGACUGGACUGAUGUUAAGUCCACUGCGGAGACAUUGAAGCCCACAUUGAAGAGUGAGGAGAUGACCACUCAGUUUUCCACCGAUGAAGAGGCAACAGAUUGUGGUGAUGGUUGUGUGGAGAAUGGAGAUUUCCAGGUCCCAACAGGAUUUAAUUGCAACUUUGAUCUUCCCGAAGAUUUUUGUGGUUGGACACAUGACAUGUCUACGGGAUUUACAUGGGCUUUUCAUUCUAGAAAUACCUGGACUAGCCACUUAGAGCCAGGCAUCGGUGUCUACCCAGAUGGCAAGAGUUAUUUGAGGUUGCAAAGCAGUGCAAGACGAGAAGGACAACAUGCUCGGCUGAUCAGUCCCACUGUCUUCUUGCCCAGGAGUGCUGUGUGCCUGAUGUUUUGGUACCAGCUCUCUGGAGGGAGUGGGACUAUGCUGCAGGUACGGCGGGAGGCAACGCAUGAGAACAAACCACUGUGGAGCAUCAGGGAAGACCAAGGAGAGGAGUGGAGGGAAGGCCGGAUUCUUCUACCUAGUUAUGAUACAGAAUAUCAGAUUGUAUUUGAAGGCACCAUAAGCAACGGGCAUUCAGGAGACAUUGCCAUUGAUGAUGUCCGAAUAGGCACUGAUACUUCUUUGGAGAACUGCAUGGAACCCAUUGCAGCUUUCCCUGGAGAACACACGUUUGAAAUUUCAGUGGAUUUCCCAGCAUUGGAGGAUGAGGUUUCAAUUCAUGGGGAAGACUUUGGAGAAGACUCUGAAGACGAUGCCAUAAACCUGGACAGAAACCACACCAUGCUUUCUACAAACUCCCCAUUGACUCCACUGGUGGACACAGAGAAGAACUGGCUAUAUACUCUGGACCCCAUCCUGGUUACGAUCAUAGCCAUGAGUUCUCUAGGAGUCCUUCUAGGGGCAAUUUGUGCUGGGCUACUACUGUACUGCACCUGUUACUAUACUAGCCUCUCUUCCCGGAGCUCUACCACUCUGGAGAAUUAUAACUUUGAGCUUUAUGAUGGUAUCAAACACAAGGUCAAAAUGAACCACCAAAAGUGUUGCUCUGAGGCAUGA